AGUAGAAAUCCAGGUCUUGACUUUCCCUCCCUACCUGCAUUUCUCUUCACUCUGCUUUGACGUAAACCCUAGUUCCUCUGUCCGGCCGCCAUUCUCGUAACCCUAAUUCCUUCACAAGCAAAGAAAUGACAGGCGAAGCUAUUAACCCUAAAGCCUAUCCUUUGGCCGAUGCCCAGCUUACCAUAACUAUAAUGGAUCUUGUUCAGCAGGCGGCGAACUACAAGCAACUCAAGAAAGGGGCUAAUGAAGCCACGAAGACACUUAACAGAGGUAUUUCCGAGUUUAUUGUCAUGGCUGCCGACACAGAACCACUUGAGAUUCUUCUCCAUCUUCCUCUACUAUCUGAAGAUAAGAAUGUUCCAUACGUGUUCGUUCCUUCAAAGCAAGCACUUGGAAGAGCUUGUGGUGUUACUAGACCUGUUAUUGCUUGUUCAGUUACUAGCAAUGAAGGAAGUCAAUUGAAGCCACAAAUUCAACAACUCAAGGAUGCUAUUGAGAAGCUUUUGAUAUAAAGAUGAAGAUCAAAUGUAUGAUGCAUUUCAGUGUGAUGGGCCUCUUCCAAAUCUAUGUUAGCACUUCAUCUUGAGGCUUGGACUGAUUAAGCAGAUGAUGUAGUGAUGAAUUUUACUAAGUAUCUUUUUUCUUUUCUUUAAGUUCUUGAUUUUCACCAGGAUUUUAAGAUUGAUUCCAAUCCAAUUUGACAUGUAUUGAGAGUGUUUCUGUUUUACUAUGAAUCUGUUUUCUGUCUUAAGUAAUUCUAAAUAGUUUACUAUAUUUUCUC